GCCGCCAUGAAGGCCGUGGUGCAGCGCGUCACCCGGGCUAGCGUCACAGUUGGAGGAGAGCAGGUAAGUGCCAUUGGACGGGGCAUCUGUGUGCUGCUGGGUAUGUCCGUGGAAGAUUCACAGAAGGAACUGGAGCACAUGGUUCGAAAGAUUUUAAAUCUGCGUGUGUUUGAGGACGAGAGUGGGAAACACUGGUCCAAGAGCGUGAUGGACAAACAGUACGAGGUACUGUGUGUCAGCCAGUUCACCCUCCAGUGUGUCCUCAAGGGGAACAAGCCCGACUUCCACCUGGCGAUGCCCACAGAGCAGGCGGAGAGCUUCUACAACAGCUUCCUGGAACAGCUGCGCAAGAGCUACAGGCCGGAGCUGGUCAGAGAUGGCAAGUUUGGUGCCUACAUGCAGGUGCACAUUCAGAACGAUGGGCCAGUGACUAUAGAACUGGAGUCUCCUGCUCCUGGAGCUGCUAACUCUGACCCAAAGCAGCUGUCAAAGCUGGAGAAGCAGCAGCAGAGAAAAGAAAAGACCAGAGCCAAGGGGCCUUCUGAGUCAAGCAAAGAACGAAACGCACUCCGGAAAGAGGAUCGCAGCGCCAGCAGCGGGGCAGAGGGCGAUGUGUCUUCAGAGCGGGAGCCAUAGAUGCAAAAGCGGGAGCUCAGCAAAUUACCAUUGGGCAGAACCGGAUCCUGAAAAAUUCAAGAUGCUAAGCCCCUACACUGCUUUAAGAAUUCAGGACUCAAAUGUGAAAAGAAAAUCAGAAAUAAGACACUGGGAACCUGAAUACCCCUGCAGAAAAACACCAAAGGACCAUCCCAUUUCCUGUAAUGCUGUGGUUUGAUGGGGUAGUGGG